AUGGCGCCACGUCGCCCCGGCUUUUUCCAACAGGUCGAGCAUGGAAAGCACCCUCCGCCGACAAUCGCCAGACUAACCAUGCCUUCAGUUCCCAACCCCCGUCCCGCCAGAGCCAAGUCCUUUUCCUCUCGCGCCACCGAGCCGAGCCCGCUUUCCCAUCGCAUCUCCUCCAGCUUACCGCCCGCACCCCCGUCCUCGCCCGACCCGUCCAGCUGGGGCGCAGCCCUUGUCAUCCUCGCUUCACCUGAGCUUCCGCCGCCGCAUCUCCGCUCCGACAAGUCGCCGUCCCUGCCCGACGAUUGGAAGCUCCCCGAUUCCGCCUGUUCGCUCAAGCGCCGCAACGCCCGUCGCGCCCGUGAACGAGCCAUGGCCAAUUCGCUGCUCAACCCCCGCACCGCCAGUUCCAAGGCCAGGGCUAUCCAAGAGGCCCAAGAGGCGCAGAGGGUGGUCGAAGACCGCGCCGCGCGAAGUGGAACGGCCGCGCCGCCCUAUGAUUUUCUCGAGUUGAUCGGCAAAGGCAGUUUUGGUCGAGUCUACAAAGGCAAAAACCGCGAGACCAAUGGCGUCAUCGCCAUCAAGAUUCUCGAAGUAGACAAGGCCGACUACCUGGAGGCUUACGACCGCAGAGAUGACGCUGUCAACAACUUUUUAAAAGAGACCAACAUCCUCCGAACCCUAAAAGACAGCGGAGCAAAAAACGUCAAUUUGUUGCAUGACACCUUCAGUGUUCACUCUACACUUUGGAUUGUCAGUGACUAUUGCCCUGGUGGCAGUGUCAGGACCUUGUGCCGUGCGAACCCAAACCCGCUCCCCAACAGACCAGGCCCUCUUGAGGAGAAAUUCAUCAUUCCCAUCGCAAGAGAACUGGCUGUCGCCCUUGAAAGUGUUCAUCAAGCGGGUAUUGUCCAUCGCGACCUGAAAUGCGCGAACGUUCUCAUCAGAGAAGAUGGCUGUGUACAGCUAUGUGAUUUUGGUGUUGCCGGUGUCCUGCAAAGUAACUACGACAGGAGGGCGACCAUCAUUGGCACGCCCCAUUGGAUGCCCCCUGAGAUGAUCCGCGAGGACAUUGGAACCGGAUAUGGUUUCGAAAUUGAUGUUUGGGAGUAUGGUUGCACAAUCUAUGAGAUGGCCACUGGAGUGCCUCCAAAUGCCACUACCGCAGUAGCGGAUCUUAUGUUGAGGACAGAAGCGCCACGCUUGGAUAGCAAGAGCCACUCCCAGGAAUUGGCAGACUUUAUCGCUUUCUGCCUAAAGUCCAGUCCAGAGGAACGGCCGUCAGCGCAAGAAGUCCUUGACCAUCCAUAUCUUGCUGGAUCCGAAGAAGAAUACCCGACAGAAAGUCUCACUGCACUGAUAGAGCGAUUCAAGGAGUGGGAGUCACGCGGCGGUAACAGGUCGUCUCUAUGGCAUGAAGGAGGUGCUGCAACUAUGGAUCCGUUGAACCCUCAAUCUCAGACGGAAGACGACUGGGUAUUCAGCACCACUGCAGACUUUGACAGGAAGUUCGAGCAACAAAGAGGGUCCGCGAACGAUCCUUCCACAGAGAAUGGUUCAGCCACUGAAGACAAGCCUGCCGGUCCAGGAGGCCGCAGACGUAACUUCGCACUCCAACAAAAGGCGAUGAAGGAGAACCAAGUCAGGCGCGGUGGUGAAGCUAUGGAGAGGCUCUUCAAUCCGGAUGGACCAGACUAUCAGUACAAUGGACGGUACGAACCUUUUCAGCAAAUUUCGCCCCGUCAGCUUCAAAACGCCCCGGACCGUUCCUCGAAUGCCUCGGACCUUGCGCUUCGCAACUAUGGAGGUGAUCGUGCCUCCAACCGCGUCACAAUGAUCGACCUAGAUGAUGGCAUGGUUGUUGUACCAGAUAUGGAUGCUGCACCAACCAUAAGAGCCAGCAGGUUCAAUUUGAGGAUGUACGAGGAGGAAGAAGACGAUUAUCCAUAUCAGCCAAACCGAGGCUCAAAGCGUGCCACAAAGGACUGGAAGUUCCCUAUGGCAGCGGAUCCGGAACCUGAAAAAUCGCAAUCGAACCGUAAAACAAUGGAGUGGACCUUCGCACAGGCGAAUCGCAAAACCAUGGAAUGGAGUUUCGCAUCCUCCAUGGCUGAGAUGACUGGCGAUGGCAACCAAGACUUCCGCAACAGCAAGAUUGCUCAGCGUCGUCUUACAAAGGACCAGCCGGCACCUUCGAACAUGGACCCUAAUGAUGAUCGCCGAAGCUUCCUUCCUGGCUUUUCAUUCCCAAUGGGCCCGGUCGAUGAAGAGGACUAUCCUGUCCCUGUCGCGAGAGCCUCUUUGCAGCCUUCUCCACCUCUAGGCGCCGCGUUCCGUCCUCAACUGAAGCACGCUGCUACUCAGCCUAUCGGUAAUUUCGACGAUUUCUAUGUCAGCCAGUCUGCGCCUGAAUCGCCGAACCGGGGCUCUAUGAUUGACCUCGAUUUUGCUGACGUUACUCUCGGCCCUCGUCCUGCUACCUCUGCCACGGAUUACCCCGAGCCCAUCAAAAGCCCUGAAGCUCCAGCUCAGGUCACGGAUUCUUUCGACCUUGAGGAUCAGGCACAACUGUCGAAGAGCAACAACAGGGCUUCGUAUCAUCAGAAGUCGCAAUCGGCUCCUCACCACCGCGUGUCCCUCUUGCAGGCCCAGAAAGACGACGGCUAUAAUCAAGGCUAUGUCUCCGACAAUGGAUCAGCAUUGCAAGCACGUGAUCGUCUCUCGAAGAUGUUGGGUGAGCCGAGCGACGCACCGGUCAUAACAGAGUCCGACUUGUCGGUUUCCAAUUCAGGCCAAGGCGACUUCCCGGAUGGCCCCACCGAAAUCCUCGCUGAUCCCACAAGAGUCGUCGAUGCAACAAUCAGGGCCUCUCGUCAUGGUUUCAAUGUUGGGACGACACCGGCCCCCCAACAUUACAUCCCAUAUAAUUACCACCUGGACGACACACCUCCCUCAACGAGCGGAGGAUCCUUUUCAAGCAGCAAUUUUGCCUCUCCUGAUACUGCUGCUCUGGUUGCGAAUGAGCAGCUAACUCAACUCACGACGCCCCGCACUUCUGUCGCUACGUAUUCUCCGCGGAGCGCCAUCAGUAACUUUACGCAACAAUCGUACGACUUGAACGGUGAUGGUAUUCCUUUGAGGAAGCCGCAAUUCACGAUGCAAGCGGCCCGUCCUAUCCCGCCUCAUCCGGAUGCGCUCGAGGUCGACGCUGAUCCUCGCCUGAUGGCCAACGAAGCGAGCAAAGCUGCCCAGCAGCACCUCUUGUACUUGAAGACUUUGCAGCGUACUCUCAAGAUGUGCGGGUCGCAAGCUCAGGCACGUCGUGCGGGCCGCAAAGCUCGUAUGAACGGCAGCGGCGACAGUGGGCUUGCUGCGAGCAGCGUCGAAAGCAGUGACGUUGAGAGCACCAACACUGGAGGCACUGUCCGACGCGUCACGAGACGCGCCGAGAGCGCCAUGGAGUAA